AUGUACGAAGUACUACAUCGAUCAAUCGAGUGUCUCAAGGAGUCUGUUGCUGCUGCUUCCGAUUGCGACUUUGAGGAUGCCUGGUGUGUUUGCGUUCAAGCCACCUACGAAGCCAUCACCGGCCAUGCCACGCCCUGUGUUAUGACCAAGUGUGGUGCCGACAAGGCGAUUAUCGAGGUCCUUCCCGCUGCCAUUCCAUUCUGCGCCGAUGCUUCCGCUAGCCACGAUGCCUCCGAGGGAUCGGCCCCCAAGACGGAUGAUUCCAACUCUUCCGCCACCGCAGCCCCGACUGCCGAUACCACCGAUGCUCCCACUGGUGACUCAACCUCUCCUGGCGCAGCUCCUGCUGCUACUGAGACUGGUUCCUCCGGCUCCGGAAGCGGAGGCGACAGUGGUGCAGUGGGCCAGUCCGCCCCCGCCAUCCUCGGCAUGCUCCUCCUCGGCGCCGUGGCCGCCUUUUAA